GCUGAAAAGUCAUGACAGCUGAAAAGACUAUUCCUAUAAUUAAUGGCAAGCCGGAAGAUGCUUUGGACCCAGAAGCCUCAAGUACCAACCUCGUCCACAGCAAUGAUAAGAAAGUUCAUGAAAGAGGGCACUGGAACAAUAAGGUUGAAUUUGUGCUUUCUGUGGCAGGGGAGAUUAUUGGGCUGGGAAACGUCUGGAGAUUCCCAUACCUUUGCUACAAGAAUGGAGGAGGUGCUUUCCUCAUCCCCUACGUGGUGUUUUUCAUCUGCUGUGGAAUCCCAGUAUUUUUCUUGGAGACGGCCUUGGGACAGUUCACAAGCGAAGGAGGCAUCACAUGCUGGAGGAAAGUUUGCCCUCUCUUUGAAGGCAUUGGCUAUGCUACCCAAGUUAUAGAGGCACACCUAAAUGUAUACUACAUCAUCAUUUUAGCAUGGGCUAUCUUCUAUUUGUUCAACUGCUUUACUACAGAGCUUCCCUGGGCUUCCUGUGGCCACGAAUGGAAUACAGAAAACUGUGUGGAAUUUCAAAAACUCAACAUGAGCAACUGCAGUCAAGUCUCGUUACAAAAUGCCACUUCUCCAGUGAUGGAAUUCUGGGAGUUGUGUAUGUGACAGCCACCUUCCCCUACAUCAUGCUGAUGAUCCUCCUGAUCCGGGGGGUGACGCUUCCCGGCGCCUCCGAGGGCAUCAAGUUCUACCUUUACCCCGACAUCUCGCGGCUCUCCGACCCACAGAGACUGCAUCAUGCUCUGCUGCUUGAACAGUGGCACAAGCUUUGUUGCUGGUUUUGCUAUCUUUUCAGUUCUUGGAUUUAUGGCUUAUGAACAAGGCGUGCCCAUUGCAGAAGUUGCAGAAUCAGGACCAGGGCUUGCAUUCAUUGCUUACCCUAAAGCUGUCACCAUGAUGCCUCUGUCUCCUCUGUGGGCAGCUCUGUUCUUCAUGAUGCUCAUCUUCCUGGGCUUGGACAGUCAGUUUGUGUGUGUGGAAAGCAUUGUGACAGCCGUGGUGGACAUGUACCCCAAGGUGUUCCGCAGGGGCUACAGGAGGGAGCUGCUCAUCCUCGGCCUCUCCGUCGUCUCCUACUUCCUCGGCCUCAUCAUGCUAACUGAGGGUGGGAUGUAUGUGUUCCAGCUCUUUGACUCCUAUGCAGCCAGUGGGAUGUGCCUGCUCUUUGUGGCCAUAUUUGAGUGUGUCUGCAUAGGCUGGGUGUAUGGCAGCAAUCGCUUUUAUGAGAACAUUGAAGACAUGAUUGGGUACAAACCUGUGUCGUUGAUUAAGUGGUGCUGGAUGGUCCUAACUCCAGGUAUUUGUGCAGGAAUCUUCAUCUUUUUCCUGGUGAAAUACAAGCCCCUGAAGUACAACAAUGUGUACAUCUACCCUGACUGGGGCUACGGCAUCGGCUGGAUGAUGGCACUCUCCUCCAUGGUCUGCAUCCCGCUGUGGAUCUGCAUCAAGCUCUGGAAGACAGAGGGCACCUUCAUGGAGAAAUUCAGGAAGCUGAUUACACCUAGCUCAGACCUGAAAAUGCGGGGAAAGCUUGGAGGAGGAGCCUACAUUGCAGCAAUAAAUGACUGCGAUGCCAAACUGAAAGGAGAUGGCACCAUUUCCACCAUCACAGAAAAGGAGACACAUUUCUGAAAGAACUUUUUUUUUUCUUGUUUUAUUUUUUUUGUAUAAAGAAAUAAAUAAAUUCACUUAAUUAUAGAGGCUGGCUUGUUUUGCACAGAAUUUUAUUAACCAGUUAAUUUUAAAGUGAAAAUUGUAUACUUGUUUAAAAAGUGAUUUUUUUAAAUUACUCUAUCCAUAAUGAUUCUGUAAAAGAAAAAGAAAUAGUAUUAUAUGGUCUGUUAGUGAUGACUUCUUGUAAUAUGGUGAUUCCAGUCAAUGUUUUUUUUUUAGACUUUUAGAGGGACCUUGUAUAAUGUGCUGUAAAACUUUUCUACUUUGAUUUGUGGCAGGUGUGAUGUUGUAUAGACCUUCUAACCUGUAAGCAUUUCAGCCCAUUUCAGCUGUCCAUGUGUGUAUAUAAAGGGGACCAGCCUGUCCUGUGGUUUGCUUGGGAAGAAAUCUCCUUUCAGGGCGAGUUUGGUGAUGCUGACAGCGCCUCAGCUGCUCCCAUCUCCUUCCCUCCACCCUCCACUGGCUUCAGCAGGGCUGGAAAUGUGGAAUGGGCCCAUCCUGAGCCACUGUUUUCCUGAAGAUUGGAUAGAGGCUGGUUCUGAAGGGCUCUGAAUUUUGCUGCUGUAAGUUCCUGGUCUCUGCCAGGAUGUGUCCCCAAACAUUUUCCAUUUUCCCCCGUGAGUGGCUGCUCCUGAAUUUUGGCCAGCACUUCCCACUCCCUGGAGUGACCUGUGUCUGUGUGAGCUCCUCCAACAGAUCAAUUUAUUUCACAGAGCUGGAGGUGUCCUGAGGGGAAAAGAACAGGUUUAGGACCAGCUUUAGGGCUCUCUCUGUCUGUACAACUCAUUCCCCUCCACAGGAAUCCAGGAUCCUACAGUGCAGCCCUACCCAGCUCCUCUGCUGGCACAGGGUGGGCUUUGGGGUGUCCUGUGCAGGGCCAGCAGCUGGGCUGGAUGAUCCUUGCAAUUCUGAUUCCUCUUCAAGGUCCUUCCCAGGUCCCUCAGACCAAGCACUGCUUCCUCUGCCCAGCUGGGAUGGAGUUUGAAGUCAGAGCAGGGAUUUCUUUAGCAGGAGGUUGGGGUGAUGUCGUUUAUGCAUGGAGGAGCCCCAGGAGGUCAUUUCUGUGUGGUGCUCCUGUGACCCCUCAGUGGCACAGAGGGAGCAGUGGUGGGUGUGUCAGUCAGGCCUUGCUCUGGAGUGACUCCCUGGCUAUAAAUAAUGUGGUUUUGUACGUGGAUCCAGCUGCUGGAUGGUUGUUCCAGGAGGUGUGCAGACGCCCCAGUAUGAAAACUCCUAAACUUUGUCUAAGGAUGUGAUUUUUUUUACCUGAUAAUACUCCAAACAUGGUUAUUUGUUCUGAACAAAUUUUUUCUUGGCUUGUUUUUGUUAUUUGAUGGUUGUGUGAGAAACCUGUGGAGGAACAGCAUCCUGCACUGCACAGGAUCUGGGGACAAAGACAAGAGACAGCCCAGAAGAAAUGUCAUAAAACCUGCUGCCUUCUCUGCAACUCCAACCCACCAGAGCUCAGACACAGCACCUGGAGUUGUAAGCAACAGAAAUGGCUCCUGACCUUCUCCCAAGGAAAUAUUUCCCUAGAAAUCACUAAAUAUAUCUUAAUAUUGGCUAGAACUGUACCUGCAGUCAGCACUUCUCUGAGCUCUUGCUGUUACUUCUUAAAAAAAAGCAUUUUUAUGGAACUGCUUUGUCUCGAGUCACUUCAUUAAAUCUAAUAGAGCCAUUUCAUUUUUACUUUA